AACUUACCAUCGUCCAUCAACUUGAUUCUUACAGGCUAAGAGUUUUUGAACGGGAUGUCCAGCUCUAGUCUUUUUUACACAGCAGAGCUAUUGCGUAACAGUCUCUUUUCUUCAUUUGUCGUUUGUCGAAGGCCAAGAAUGUCAAUUCACUAGUUUACUCCAAAUUCCAGUAGUCUGGAAUCACUAGCCACUACCUAGCUAAAUACACAAUUUGAUAGUUCGAUCGUGUAGUGUUGGGAAUUUAUAGGAAUCUGGACCUAGACGAUAGCGGCAUUAUUAGCUGAGCUGGAGAUUAUAAAGAAGCCGUCAAUCCCCAAGUUCUUUUUCUUUCUUCACCCACAACACUCACACAACACUCAGACCACUCCAUCAAGAAUUAUCAACAAGAUCCAAAAAGUUUUAUCGUAAUACAGUCAAUAAGAUGAGGUUUCGCAUCCUCUAUGUCGCUUGGCUUGCGACUAUAGCCACAGCCGGAGCAAUUGCCAACAGAGAAACUCCUUCCAUCUCACCUGACGCUGCUCCCGCAUCCCCAACUGCAUCUGGCCAUAAGGCUGUCCUCGCUGCGCAAGCAAUUGCUAAGUCAAGAAGUCCUGUAAGCCACGUUCCCGGAAAAGCAUUCAAUCGAUACGUAACAAUCUGGUUUGAAAACACUAAUUAUGAAACUGCUGCUGCAGACCGUAUGUUCUCUUCCCCUUAAAAACUUGAUUGCAUGUAUAUUGAUUUCUAUUUAGCAAAUUUCUCGUCCUUUGCCGAAAAGGGUAUUACCUUGGAAGGCUAUAGGGCAGUAACUCAUCCUAGUGAGCCUAACUAUCUUGCAGCGGUUGGCGGGUAAGUUCAUAUUCUUGCAUUGGAUGAUCUUAUCCCAAUAACUCACACAUAUAGUGAUUACUUCGGUCUUGACGGUGACCCAUUCAUUGCUGUUCCUGAAAAUGUUUCCUCGGUCGUCGACCUCCUUGAGGACAAAGGAAUCACCUGGGGAUUGUACCAAGAAGAUAUGCCAUACACCGGAUAUGAAGGAAUGGAUUGGCGUAACGAAGUUACCGGUGCUAACGCCUAUGUUCGCAAACACAAGUAAGCAACCUAUUCCCCACACCCCUCCAACAAACUAACACUCCACCAGCCCCGAAGUCCUCUUCACCAACGUCGUCAACAAGCCCGAACGUCUCGAAUUGAUCAAAAACACCACCAUGUUUGCCUCGGACCUCGCCGCAAACAAAUUACCCCAAUGGUCCUUCAUCACCCCCAACAUGACCUCAGACGGACACGACAGCUCUAUAACUAUAGCAGGUGAAUGGCUGCAAGGAUUCCUAGGACCCCUCCUCGAAGACCCCCACUUCAUGAACAACACCCUAGUCCUCGUCACCUUUGACGAAAAUGAAAUCUACUCCCGCCAAAACCGCGUCUUCUCCAUCCUCCUCGGCGACGCCGUCCCAAAAGAGCUCAUCAAUACCACCGACUCCAACUACUACGACCACUACUCUCAACUCGCCACCGUCCAAGCCAACUGGGGUUUACACACACUCGGCCGCUUCGACGUAGGCGCCAACGUCUUUUCCUACGUCGCCCAACUCACCGGUGACAAGAUCCGCAGCUGGGCAGACGGUGCCUUGGAAAACCGUUUCUUCAAUUAUAGUUACCCUGGUAUUCUUGCCGGAAGCGUCGGAUGGGCUCCUCAGCCUGUGCCAAAUACCAAGUUGGUUGUUAAUCAUAGAACGGUUUUGCCGGCUAUUAAGAAGUACUGGGAGGGUAAGGACAGGAAUACUCUUUAUCAGGGACAAUUGGAAAUUCCGGAUGGGUUGAACUUUGAACCUAAUGCGUAAGGGCAUAAGGGUUAGUUUAGAGUCUUAGCUCCAUGGAAUACGAAUUAGGGAUUAGGGCAUAAGGUAUACGCUCUAGGAAUAGGAAAUAAGUCUUAGGAAAUAGGUUUAGAGUAUAAACUCUCGAGAAAAAACCAAAGAAAUAAAUAGGUAUUAGAGUAUAAGCCUCUAGGGAGUAGAGAGGAGGGAAUAGGGUAUAAGCUUCGAGGAAUAGAUAGGUAUUAGGGUCUAAGCUCUAGGGAAUGGGGAAUAGGUACACAGCACAAACUCCGGGAAAAUGCCAGCUAUGAGGUAUUAGGAAUCAGUGUAUAAGCUCUCGAGAAAAGAUGCAGGAAACGUGGAGGAAAAAAUACGGAGUUUGGGUAAUAUAAUGGCAACUGGCGGCAUUCAAUGUAGAGAUAAGGGUAAUGGAGAACUAUGUUGGAUAUUGAAUAUUUCAAAAAAUU